AUGUCUUGCAAUGAAAGUAGAAGAGGACCUUCAUCCGAGCAAACCGGUAAUUACGUGCCAGAUAUUCAACAACCAUCCGAGCAAACCGUGCCAGAUAUUCAGCAACCAUCCGAGCAAAUCAUGCCAGAUAUUCAGCAACCAAUAGAAUCAUCAAGAUGGCUACGAGAGACAGGGACUUUUGUUAAAGAUUAUCGUGUGUCUGAACGACAAAACUUAAAGUAUCAAUUGAGAGAAAAUGAAAAUGAUUUUGAAUUUACGCAUAUUAGAUAUACAGCCUGCACAUGCAAGCCAGACAAUUUUGUGAGAAAUAAGUUUACUCUUCGUCAACGCCAGCUCGAAUACAGAGAAACAGAAAUAUUUAUUGCGGUAACUAUGUAUGAUGAAGAAGGAAGUCAAUUGUCUCGAACUUUUAAUGCGAUCGCAAAAAAUAUUUAUUUCUUUUAUUCACAAAAUGAACACAGGACAUGGAAAAAAAUCGUUAUAUGCAUAAUUGCUGAUGGUCGUAAAAGGAUCAGCAAAAGCUCUUUAAAUUAUUUAUCCUCAAUUGGUGUUUAUAAGAAAGGAAUCGCAGUUGAUAACGUAGUUGGUCGCAAAGUUGAAGCACAUAUCUUCGAAUAUACAACCGUGAUUCCAGUUAAAGAUAAAAUCAUUCCAAUCCAAGUGAUUUUUUGUCUCAAGGAAAAGAACACCAAAAAAAUUAAUUCUCAUCGCUGGAUUUUUAAUGCAUUCAGUCCAAUACUUAACCCCAAAAUAUGUGUCCUACUUGAUGUUGGCACUGUACCAGGAGAAAAUGCCAUUUAUGACCUGUGGAAUAUAUUUCGUUCAAAUGAAGAAAUCGCAGGUGCUUGUGGUGAAAUAGUAGCCAUGAGAGAAGGUGGAGGGUGGAAAAAGUGGAUUUACAAAUUAAUAUGGAGUGCCCAGAAUUUCGAAUAUAAAAUGUCCAACAUUUUAGAUAAACCACUCGAACAUGUCCUCGGAUAUAUUACUGUUUUGCCUGGAGCCUUUUCUGCAUAUCGGUAUAGUGCUCUUGAGAAUACAAAGGAUGAAAAUGAUAAUGACGAAGGUCCUCUGGUUUCUUAUUUCAAGGACCAACCAAUCAAAGGUUUCAUUAAAAGCAUCGUUGCGGCUAAUAUGUAUCUUGCUGAAGACCAUGUACCUGAAGAAAUAUCCGGAUUUAUUUCGCAACGUAGACGUUGGCUAAAUGGAACAUUCUUUGCUAGUCUUUACGCUAUUUCUCAUUUUUAUAAUAUAUGGAGGAAUCUCAUCCCCCUCCCUUGGAAUCCAUCAAUUAGUGAAACUAUAUUUGUAGUCUUAAGAUAUGUUUAUUUUAUAUUAGUUACUGGACAGUUCAUCUUAUCCAUGAGUAAUAGGCCUCAAAGUUGGGGAAAUAGAGAAACAGAUGAAGAUGAUGAAUUAGAUCAAAUUAUUGUAUCCUGCGAGGGAGAAAUGUCUCAAGUCUCCUCUCUUUAUCGGCAAGAAAAUAUAGACACACAACAAGAAAAUGAAGAUGUGCAGCGAACAAAUAAAGGAAAUGAUGCAAAAAAGAUCGAAGAAUUUCGGAAAAAGAUUCGAGCAUAUUUUGUGCUUAUUUGGCUUAUUUGUAAUGCAUCAUUAGUAUUUAGUGUAAUCGCUUCUAUUGGUACUCUAGAACAAUAUUUUUCUCAAGGAUCAAUACAAAGUGUAUAUAUAGCAGUAAUUCUUUG